AUGAAAAAAGACAAUAAAAGAAGCUAUCAUGGAUAUGGUGGUCAUUGCCCUGACUGUCCACUCAUCUGUCGUGUUUUUACAAAUGAUAUGAAACGACCGGAAUCAUUUCAACCUAGAAAACUCCGUCCAAAAAAUGCAGAUGAAAUAUUAAAAGAAAAACUUCAAAGAAGUUCAACACCUAGAGGUAUCUAUGAUAAUCCGUAUAAUCCUGGUUUGUGGCGUCGUUCGACAGUAAUAACUGCACCAUACACUUAG